AUGCGACGGAGCAAUCUGAACGGCAGCAACUCCCAGAACAACCACUUCCCUUUCACGACCCCGAGCGUCCCUCCAGCGAUCCGCCACAUCCUACAGAUCCCCGAGACGCCCGCCCCGGUACCGCGGAUAAGGGGUCCUCAGAGACGUGCAAUCAAUGGUCGGCGUGGACCACCUGGCCCGCCACCGCCUCGCAGCUGGGUCUCGCUUGCGCAAUCUCGACACGCGCCACCGACCUUCAAGGCAGACAUCGCGGGACGGGUCCAGAGCUGGCCGCUGUCGGGUGCCUAUGCGCCUGGCGAGGGGACCUUAGUGGAUAUGGUGCUGCGACGCAUGGCGUUGGACUGGGAGCAGCAACGAGACUGGAACAGGUAUUACCUAUAUACACUACCGAGCCGGCUGAGAACAACGCUGCUGGGGCAGGUGGCCGAGCUUUACGAGCCCGGGGUGUCGAUCAAGGACUUGCGUCUUGUUCUAACAGGUCCCUUCGAGGAAGAGCUCGCCAAAUAUGACGUUGAGAAAGUUGAUGCUGGCAAGCUGAAUGCGGAUGUCUUCUACUUGGAUCUGACCGGGUCUCUGGGGAAGUCCCUGACGCUGAAAGAGCUGAGCGAGCUGCUUCACCCUCCCAAGGCAGAUCUGGAAGACGAUAUCCAGGAAUCCUGGGACGAGCCAGAGCUGACGUCCGGCCCAGCACAGCUGCUGCCCAACCUGACGCACCUUUCUCUCGCUGUCGAUCCCGGCUCCAAUGCUGCGGUGUCUUGGAAACAGCUCCUUUCCUUGGCGGGCAAGAUGUCUCAAUUGACGCAUCUGAAUCUGGCCGGCUGGCCAGAACCCUCUCUGACACCAAAUGCCAAAUUCGCAAAGGUUACCUCAUCGUCCACGGGACGAACUGUUCAGUACGGUGGCACGGGCCCAUACAGUCAUAACCUUGAUGGUGACUGGUCGGAGGCAAUAAUGGUGCUAAAGCGCUUGAGCAAAGCUCUCUACGGUCUGGAGUACCUCGACCUAACAGGCUGUGCUGACUGGUCCCCGGCGCUGAUGAAGGAGUCGGAUGGGGACUUUACUAUCGAUUUUAUUGACUGGGUUGGCGACUGGGGCAAGGUCGCGACGCUGCGACUGAACUCCGGCUACGCGCUUACCGACAAUUCGUCGAAGGGCCAGAUUAUGCAAAUUUCGGAUUGGAUCGACUCUGCGGCGGCAGUAGAGAAGCAUAUUAGGGCCCAGCGGUCCGGAAGAGGCCGCUGGAUCACAGUUGAGCGAGAUACUCUGCCUGAUAGCGCGAAGACUAUUGUAGAGAACGAGCGGCUUAGGGCGGCACUGGUCUCAGCAGCCUGGUAG